AUGUCUCUCCCCGGCUUGGAGCUGACACAGCCCUCGGAGGAGAGGCACUUGGCUGCUGCCCCGCCGUCGCAGAUCACCUUGAAGCCAGAGUCUGAGUGGCGCUUUGAAGUCGCAUUUGGGCAUAUUAUUAGGGUCAAGCUUCUCACCGGUACCGCUGAGCUUUUCGGCACGGAGCUUGCCGAAUCCCAAACAUACACAUUUACUGGCACCAAAGCAGCGAUAUACACGUGGCAUGGAUGCAGUUUAGAAAUAAGUGCAGUUGACACUGGAAGCAAUGCCACCUCGGAUGGAGUGAAUGCAGUUGCUGGACUUGGCGCCGGGGGCUGCCAAAGCGAAUACACAGCGGAAGAGACUCCCAUGAUGGAAUAUGCAAACCUUCACUUUGCCUUGGAAACAAUGCGACAAGAGGCUCAAGGGUCAGGUAAAGAUGGACCUCGCGUACUUCUGCUGGGACCAGAAGAUGCGGGUAAGACCAGCCUUGCAAAAAUUUUGACCGCCUACUCGACGAAAAGUGGUCGACAGCCUCUAGUUGUCAAUCUGGACCCAACCGAGGGGAUGCUGAGCGUGCCUGGUACUCUGACUGCCACGGCUUUCCGAACAAUGCUGGACAUUGAGGAUGGCUGGGGAAGCAGUCCAAUGUCUGGGCCGAGUCCGGUCCCCGUCAAGCUCCCUCUGGUCUAUUGUUACCCAUCUGCAAACCCUCUCGAUGCUGAAGGGUCGGUUUUCAAGCCAAUUGUAUCGCGUCUGGCAUUGUCAGUCAUGGGUCGCCUGGCUGAAGACGAAGAGGUGCGGGAGACGGGAAUUAUUGUUGACACGCCUGGCAUUCUCUGCUCUGGCAAACCAGGCAGUCUCGAACUAAUUAACCACAUUGUGACCGAGUUCGCUAUUACGACUAUCGUGAUCCUUGGCUCGGAGCGCUUGUACAGCACUAUGGUCAAGCAAUAUGACCAAAAGCCCAGCGCCAGCGCUUCGGCUACGAUCUUCGACGAACGAAUCUCCGUCUUGAAAUUAUCCAAAUCAGGAGGCUGUGUGGACCGCGACGAGUUGUUUCGUAAAGCUACACGCGAAUCUCAAAUUCGAUCAUAUUUCUUCGGUACCACAAUUCCUUCGGCGGGCGCUACAGCCCUUUCCUUGUCGUCAAUUUCGUCAUCGGCCGUGACUCUCUCCCCACACGCGCAAGUCAUGGACUUUGCCUCGUUGUCCCUCUUCAACUACACCAUUGUCUCGAACGAGGACGACGACGAGGAUGAAUAUGAUCCUUCUUCCUUCGGCAUGGGUGGUUCCUUUUUACCAAGCGGUGCGGACGAUUCCGCACCUCACAAUUCCAACUCAGAUCGUGCUGCACCACUCCCAGGUGUCGUGGGAUCAUUCAACGAUGGGCAGCGCUCAUCUGGCUCCGAGACGGCGAGCAACGUCCCGCUCAAGAAGAUCCUCCCCCCUGCUCCCUCCGCGCUAGCCAAUACCUUGAUUGCCAUCACUCAUGCCUCGACAACCUCCACACCUGCCCAGGUCCGCGAUGCGAGCGUCAUGGGCUUUCUCUACGUUGCUGACGUCGAUGCAGACAAGGGCAAGAUCAGGGUCCUUGCACCGGUCGGCGGGAGGCUUCCACCCCGGGCGAUGAUCUGGGCCCGACGCUGGCCUACAGAAGUUGUUGGCCUGGUUGGUUAA